AUGGCCACGGCUGCGGGCUGCACACCCCAUGGCGGGUGCUCCCGCACGCAGUGGUCACAUCUCAGCAAGGUGGGCCCUCGGCCUGUGGGCAAAGGGUUUGGGCAGGAGAGGGGGAGUGGAACGUGGCAGGUGAGCGGGGUGAACAGCAUCGGGAAAGAACUGAGAGUUCAGAAAAACAGCACUGGGUGGCCCUGGUUCGGGCCUUUGCUGCCCCAGUUUGUUAUCCCCGCACGGUAGCCUGGGGAACCUGGGGACAAGUGCGCGCGAUCUGAGUUGCUCCCCACCCCCACCACCCGCGCUCACUCUCAGAUGGAGCGGAUGGUCAUGAGUAUGCAGGACCCCGACCAGGGCGUGAAGAUGCGGAGCCAGCGCCUUUUGAUAACCGUCAUUCCCCACGCGGUAGCAGGCAAAGACGUCGUGGAAUGGCUGGUCCAGAAGUUCUGCAUCUCGGAGGAGGAGGCCCUGCACCUGGGCACACUCCUAGCGCAGUAUGGCUAUAUCUAUCCACUGCGUGAGUCUAGAGACUUGACGCUCCGGCCUGAUGAGACGCCCUACAGAUUUCAGACACCCUACUUCUGGACAAGCACUCUGUGGCCAGCUUCUGAGCUGGACUAUGCCAUCUACCUGGCUAAGAAGAACAUCCAAAAACAAGGGGUCCUGGUAGACUACGAGAAGGAGCAUUAUGCCCAGCUGCACAAGAAGAUCAACCAUGCAUGGGAUCUAGUAGUGAUGCAGGCUCGAGAGCAGCUGCGGGCAGCUAAGCAGCGCCGGAAGGGAGACAGGCUGGUCAUUUCGUGUCAGGAGCAGACAUACUGGCUGGUGAACAAACCCCCUCCUGGAGCACCUAACAUUCUGGAGCAGGGUCCUGAAAGAGGCUCUUACAAUUCCAGUCGAGUACAGAUGAGCUCGGAUUUCUAUAAGUGUGAGAUCCAGUGCUUCAGGAAGGCGUUGGGCAGGAACCGGGUGAAGUCCUCUGUCUGCCUCGAGGCGUACCUGAAGUUCAGUAGCCAGCAUGGCCCACACGAUCCCAUCAUGUCAGGAUGCCUGCCCAGCAACCCUUGGAUCACAGACGAUGUCACCUACUGGACCAUGAAUGCACCCAUGGUGACAGCCCCCACAAAGCUCCGUGUUGAGAGAUGGAGCUUCAGCUUCCGAGAGCUCCUGGAUGACCCCAUGGGGCGUGGCCACUUCAUGGAUUUUCUCCAGAAAGAGUUCAGUGCGGAAAACCUCAGCUUCUGGGAGGCAUGUGAGGAGCUGCGCUUUGGCGGGCAGGCCCAGGUCCCCGCCCUGGUGGAUGCCGUCUAUCAACAGUUCCUGGCCCCUGGAGCUGCUCGCUGGAUCAACAUUGACAGCCGGACAAUGGAGUGCACCCUGGAGGGGCUGCGCCAGCCACACCGCUAUGUCCUCGAUGCAGCACAAUUGCAUAUCUACAUGCUCAUGAAGAAGGACUCCUACCCAAGGUUCCUGAAGUCUGACAUAUACAAGGGCCUGUUGGAGGAAGCUGUGACCCCGCUGGAGACUAAGCGCCGGGCAUUUCCAUUCUUGCGGAAGCCUCUACAAUCAAGCCCCAGGCCUGCUCUUCCACCUACUCCUGGGGAGGCUGCAGUGUCCAGCACCCCUGCAGGUGGCAAUGGAGAGGAGUAGAUGGAUCUUGCCUGUCAUCUCACCUGCCUGAUACCCUGUGGGGACAUGCUUUCCUGGAUACUGGGCCCCCAGCACUUGUAUCUCCCUGUGUAGAAAGCCCAGCCUUGCUAUGAGGCCCCUGAGCCUCCACUAAGGAAAUCCUCCUCUGCCUAGAAGGGACUGGCCCAGCCACUGAUUCCUAGCAAAGAGAUUUCAUUGGCUGAGCUUUACCAGGCCAAGACUUGUUCCUAGAAGGUAAAAUCAAGAUCCUCAAGAGUUCUUGGCAUUCUGUAAUCUUAGGUUCAGGACUAGGUGGCCAUCUCAUCUCUAGAAUGUCAAGUCAGUGACACAUGGAGAUACUGGUCUCUGGCCAUGCCAUCCUAUUCAGGAGGGCUCCACCACUGUAUUCUGCUGAAGCUAAACCCAGCGGCUUCUUGGUAGACUGUAUCUGUAGGUAUCAUAUUCACCACUAUACACGGCAUCUCUUCUGCCUGUCUUACCAGAUCUGUAGGAUGUCAACU